AUGUCUUCUCAAACAUCGUCACGUCAUCAAUCCGCUAUUAAGCCACAUGAUCUCCGAUUAUUAACACAAACUUCAUCGACUUCCACACCAUCUACUCCACUUCCGUCAACAGUCGAUUCAUCUGGUCCUCUUACACCUGAUACUGUGGUACUUGUUAAUCCAUUUGCAGCAUUAUCCUCGACGUCGUCAGCGAAUUUAUCGCCAGUCUCCAAUAAACCUUCACUGCCGUCUGCUCGUCUUAUCGGUGAUUAUGAAUUGAGCGAAACGAAAUUUGAUGACUUCAAAUGUGCACGACAUGUGCCAAGCGGUGAAGCACUUCUCUAUAAAGAAUACCCUCUAGAACUUGUUCGUCAACGUCUCGAGCCUUACCAACGUCUAACAUCGAUUCUCCUAGCAUCCAGCGUCAACAAACGUCUGAUCAAUACGAUGUCGAUGGAACAAUUAGCUUCGCGAUCGAAUCUACAUUUUUUUCGUGAGAUUUUAUCACUAGAAAGAACAGCUAUUGUCCUAUAUCCUACUUAUUCAAGCAAUUUACAUACUUAUAUUACUGAAAAACAUCGACUGAACGAAAAUGAAUCGAGAAAUUUAUUCACUCAAAUCGUACGAGCGAUACAAUUGUGUCAUCGUGUUGGUUUGAUCAUUCGUGACUUGAAAUUACGAAAGAUCAUCUUUAACAAUAGUACGCAUUCACACUUAUUGCUAACUGGACUUGAUGAAGCAAUUAUGCUUGCAAGUCCAGCAUCAACUGAUGAUUUCGUCUCGUCACGAUUUUCCUGUCCGGUGUAUGCAUGUCCUGAGAUUGUUCUAAAUAGACAAAUGUAUUCCGGCAAAUUAGCUGAUUCGUGGAGCUUAGGUAUCAUUUUGUACACAAUGCUUUUUGGUCGAUAUCCAUUCUGCGAUCGAACGCUGGUCGGUUUAUUUAUCAAAAUUGGUCGGUGUCGUCCUGACAUUCCUCGUACUAUCUCAGUCAAAGCACGUUCAUUGCUCCGUUCUCUAAUUCGAGUCAAACCUGAUGAACGUCUACUUGCACAAGAUAUUCUCGGACAUGUAUGGUUUAGUGGUGAUCGGGAUACGUCACCCAUAUCAAUGAAUCCAUCUCUAAUCACCGAUGAAUCGUUUUUCUUUAGUAGCAGCAAUACUUGUUCAAAUAACAGUAAUGAGACAACUAUAAAAGAGGAUGCUGUAGUACCGAAUUUCGAAUGUGAAUAG